UUUUGCACAACUGAGAUAGCUCUAAACACUGCCAACACUCCUAUAAAUAGAGGGUGUGAGGCAUUUCAAGUCUCAACUCAAAGACGAGUGCUUUCUGUUUCUCUCUUGUGUUUUUCUAAGUUCUCUCUCAGAGCAAGAAAAUGGUGGGGACUGAUCUCAGGCAGCAGCUGAUGAACUACAUCCAGUCCUCCCAUGAGCAGGGGAUAUUGGACGAAGCUUUUGAUCGUGUGAAAAAUCUAGAAAAUGAUGGCAAUCCUCAAUUUCUUUCGGAGAUUUUCUCCAUGUUCUGCCAUGAUGCUGAAAAUGGCAUAGCUGAACUCACCAGAUUUCUGGCUGAGCCUGUUAUAGACUAUGAAAAUGUGAGUGCUUUUGCUCACCAACUGAAGGGAAGUAGCUCGAGCGUUGGUGGUCAUCGGAUGGUCCUUGCCUGUUGUGAGCUUCGACAAGCUAGCAACAACAAGAUCAAGGAGGGAUCCUUUGAAGCCUUCGACAAGGUCAAACGUGAAUACUGCAUUCUGCGCGACAGUCUGAAUUACAUUGCGCAGAUGGAGAAGACUAUCCUUACCAACGAGGCUCGAAGGAGACGCCAGUAGAGAGCUGGCCGGUAUGCAUUCACUCCUUCUGGUUGCAUCUGCUGCCCAAGACUGAAGUAUCUUUUAAUAUUAUAUGCUAUCCCUUGAGAAUUAAAUAAGUUCACUAUAAGUGAUUAUGUUUGUCUGUCUGAGAGUUGUUGUUCAGAGUCUUUGUUCUGCACUCUGUGUUUGAAAUUUGAAUAUCUGUACUGUCUAUUUCAGCUGUUGCUUAAGUUAUAAAACUGCUUCCUUUCUUAUUA